AUGUUGCAGAGGACUCUUUGUGUAGUUGUAGUAUUGAUUCUAGGACUAGUUAGAGCUAAUUUGUACGCUGUGGAGGGAAAACCACAUCGGAUUCUUUUGGAUACAGAUGUUGAUACUGAUGAUUUCUUUGCUCUUCUGUACCUCUUGAAGCUUAACAGAUCAGAAUUUGAAUUAGAGGCAGUCACUAUCAACACAAACGCAUGGACUGAUGCAGGGCAUGCCGUGAACCAAAUCUACGACAUUCUUUACAUGAUGGGUCGUGACGAUAUAUCGGUUGGAAUGGGAGGUGAGGAUGGAAUAACAGAAGAAGGUCACAUACUUCCAGAUGUUGGUGGCUAUCUUCCAAUUGUUGAACAGGGAAAUACAACUGCAGGAGGUUGUAGAUACAGACAAGCUAUUCCUGUAGGUCUUGGAGGACGACUAGAUAUUGAUAAUAACUAUGGCAUAAGGAAAGCGUUCCUGCCUCAGGGCAGCAGGAAAUAUUCUCCUCUUCGACAGCCUACUACCCAACAAGUGCUGAUGGAAAAAAUACGUGCAGGUCCCAUUACCAUUUUCAUGAUAGGAGCUCAUACAAAUAUUGGCAUUUUUCUUAUGAAAAAUCCGCAUCUAAAGAAGAAUAUCGAGCACAUAUAUGUGAUGGGCGGUGGUGUGAGGUCUAGAAAUCCAACUGGUUGUUGCCCCAAAAAUGCAAGUUCAUCAUGCCAGCCAAGACAGUGCGGUGACCCUGGCAAUCUGUUCACUGACUACAAUAGCAACCCUUAUGCUGAAUUCAAUGUCUUUGCUGAUCCUUUUGCUGCGUACCAGGUGUUUCAUUCUGGAAUUCCAGUCACCCUUGUGCCCCUUGAUGCAACAAAUACCAUUCCUAUAAAUGAGAAUUUCUUUGAGGCAUUUGAGCAGAACCAGCACACAUAUGAGGCACAAUACUGCUUCCAGUCCUUGAAAAUGGCUCGCGACACUUGGUUUGACGACGAAUUUUAUACAAGCUAUUUCAUGUGGGACUCCUUUAUGUCUGGUGUAGCGGUUUCUAUCAUGCGUAAUUUGCAUAACCAUAAUAGAGAAAAUGAAUUUGCUGAAAUGGAGUACAUGAACAUAACUGUGGUGACUUCAAAUGAACCUUAUGGGAGAAAUGAAGGCUCGAAUCCACUCUUCUAUGGCCGUAAAGUUCCGAAGUUUAAUCUAAAGAGAGGUGGAGUGCACAGUGGUCAUGUUCAGACUGGUCUUCGAGAUCCAUUUUGCUUUGUGCAGAAUGGGAAAGGAAGAUGCAAGGAUGGCUACACUGCUGAGGUAACUGGUUCAGAAGCAGUUCGUGUUCUUGUUGCUACAAGAGCGAAGCCUAAUCCGGACAGGAAUAGCAUCCUUGACAGAGCGUACUUCAAGAGCUUUUUGGAUGUUCUUAAUCACCCUCGUCAAACUGGAAAGUUCAAUUUUACUACACAAUUUCCCCAUUAUAAGCAAGUCCUCUACAAACCAGACUUUGGAACCAGAAGACUAGGGAAACCUCUUGUCUUCGAUAUGGAUAUGAGUGCAGGAGAUUUUCUAGCUUUAUUCUAUCUCCUCAAAGUGCCUGUAGAAAUAAUCAACCUCAAGGCGAUAAUUGUCACUCCAACAGGCUGGGCAAAUGCCGCAACAAUAGAUGUUGUUUAUGAUUUAUUGCACAUGAUGGGUCGUGAUGACAUCCCAGUUGGUCUAGGAGAUGUAUUUGCAAUAAACCAGUCUGAUCCAAUUUUCUCUGCUGUUGGAGGCUGCAAGUACCUUAAGGCCAUCCCCCAAGGAAGUGGUGGACUUUUGGAUUCAGACACUCUCUAUGGACUUGCUCGUGAUUUACCCCGAAGCCCUAGAAGAUAUACUGCAGAAAACUCUGUUAAAUUCGGAGCUCCUCGCGACACCGGUCACCCGGAGCUCAGACAGCCUCUAGCACUGGAAAUCUGGGAGUCCACUGUAAGAACAUUGGAUCCAGGAUCUAAGAUUACCAUAUUGACUAAUGGCCCCUUGACUAGUUUAGCCAAGAUAAUACAGAGGGAGAAAAAUGCAAGCUCCAUCAUUCAGGAUUUGUAUGUUGUUGGAGGACAUAUCAGCCGUAGUGAUACCGAUAAAGGAAAUGUCUUGACUGUUGAUUCUAAUGAAUAUACAGAACUGAAUAUGUUUCUUGACCCCUUGGCCGCUAAGACGGUUUUUGAGUCUUCACUUGACAUAACGCUCAUUCCACUCGGCAUCCAACGCACAGUCAGUACCUUUUCUAAGAUCCUAAAAAGUUUAGGCAAGACGAAAACAACACCUGAGGCUUUGUUUGUGCAGCGUUUGGUAUCAAGGCUUUACCGCCUGAAAGAAACUCAUUAUAGAUAUCAUCAUAUGGAUACAUUCUUGGGCGAAAUCCUUGGUGCAGUAGUCUUGGCUGGUGAUCAUUCCAAGCUUGACCCAACCUUCCUAGCCAAACCCAUCAUGGUUCUUGCUGAAGGCGAUGUAUCGAAAGAUGGACAAGUUGUAAUUGAUGAAAAACAGGGAAAAUUUGUCAAAAUAUUGGAGAAUGUAGACCCUGAAGCACAUUAUAAUCUUUUCGCAAAGCAACUCUGCAUUAAGAAGCAAUCUGCUGUCGUUGGAAGCUUUGAUGAGCAGAGAAGAAUUUGGAGCGUGCCAAGGAAUUGA